GUCUAAGGGAGGAGUCUGAGCCAGACGGAGCGCGAGAUGGCGUGAAGCACGGCCUGUCGAGCCAAUUGUGAGGACCGACCAGCCCGGCCGGAUCUAGUGCAGCGAACAGGAGAGAGAGAGAGAGUACGUAAGCGUACAAGGUGUGCAGAUUCAGCGGUGCCGAUCCGAAGGGGCCGUGCCGAGUGAGAGGGAAGGAAGGAGAGGGAGCUCGAGCAUGGGCAGAGAUGGUGCAUAAAGCAAGGAGAUGUGAAUCACGAGUGGUGAGGGACGGUGGCCUUUGUUUCAUGCGAGGGCAUCACCACCGGCGGCCAUGAGGAGGCGCCCCACGGUCUAGGUAGCCAGCAAGCAAGCGGCCUCACUCGCUCGCUCUACCAAUUCGAGACCGAAGAAUUGAACUCCAAGAAAAAAUAAAGCGCAUCACCCAGCGGGUGGGAUUUCUUCCUCACGGAAGCACAGACCGUCAUCUUCAUGCUACUAACAGGAUAAUAUGACGAUGUUAAUCUGGUGCGGCCCGUCGAGGCCGGCAGCCACGGGAUCGGAAGCAGUAGUAUCGCUUUGUAGUGGGAUUAGCAGAGCUCUAGUUUUUGUUGUUGUGGUUUUCGGAUUUUGUGUGUCGACUAGUUUUUCGCAGAGCCUCCUCCCGACUGACCCUGGAGAUAUUAGCGCCCUCGAAGCGUUCAAAGCCACGCUGAGCAACAGCCAGCAGAUGCUUCCGAGCUGGUACCUCGGUGGCGACCCGUGCGCGAAUUGGGUCGGAGUGUUCUGCCUGGUGGCGGAUUAUCCUGACAGUUUGAAGAAUACCAACUAUUCGCAUGUCACCGAGCUCCGGCUGCUGAAUCUCAACCUCGAGGGCACGCUGGCCCCGGAGCUGGGGAACCUCAAGGCGAUGAAAUACCUCGACGUGAUGUGGAACAACAUGAGUGGCACCAUCCCGGACACCAUCGGGAAUUUGGACAACCUCCUGCUGCUGCUGCUGAACGGGAACCACUUCUCGGGGAACAUCCCGGACUCGAUCGGGAAUCUCAGCGGGCUGAAUAGGAUUCAGAUUGACGAGAAUGAUAUCACUGGCCCCGUGCCUAGCACCUUCAAGAACCUGCUGAGCAUGCAGCAUUUGCACAUGAACAAUAACUCGAUCAGUGGCAGCAUCCCCAAAGAACUGGGCCAGCUUCCGCAGCUCGUCCAUCUGCUCCUCGACAGCAACAAUGUGUCGGGCCUGCUGCCUCCGGAGCUGUCCAACAUUUCCACUCUCUUGAUCUUGCAGCUGGAUAACAACCACUUCGACGACGGCGCCACCAUCCCAGCCGAGUAUGGCACCAUUCCCACGCUGCUCAAGCUCAGCCUGAGGAACUGCAACCUCGAGGGGGUUGUCCCGGACAUGAGCCAGUCCACAGCCCUGGGCGUGCUGGAUCUGGGCUCCAACAAGCUGAACGGAUCGAUCCCGGCGUUCCCUCCUCGCAUGACAGCCAUCGACCUCUCGAACAAUCAAAUCUCGGGCGACGUUCCGACGGAAUUGGGCAAUUUGGGCAAUUUGUCGUUCCUGCUGCUGGGCAAUAACGACAUCUCGGGCACCAUUCCCACGAACCUCGGCUCCAUCCCGCCCAACAACGACUCGUCCGCAAAAUUCAUCUGGGACUUCCAGAACAACAACAUCUCGAGCUGGCCCAACAACGAGACCCUGAUCCGCUCGCAACAAUCGAUAUGGUUUGCAGGCAACCCGCUGUGCAGCGGCAACACGCUGGCGGCGGUGUGCUUGCCCAGCAGCGUGAACGUGGUGCUGCAGAUCGGGAGCGCCGUCAAUGCCUCGUCCAACAUGGGCUCGACCUGCGGCGGCUGCCCUGCCACCUUCUUCCUCGUGCCCAAUGCGCAGAACCGAGCAGGCAACGAGUUCUGCCGAUGCGCCGUGCCCAUCAUCGUCUGGUACAGACUCAAGAGCCCCGGGUUCAAUGUGUUCGACAUCUACGAGCAGAGCUUCCUCAUCUACAUCUCGUCGGGGCUGGGACUUGCGCUGGAGCAGGUCGAUCUCUUCGACUACACCACCGAGUCGAGCAACCGCAUCUCCAUGCACCUCGGCCUCUUCCCGCUCUCGGACACUUACUUCAAUUCCUCCGAAAUCGAGCGCAUCAUCGACAUGUUCUCGGAUUGGGAAGUUCCUGACAACUCCGUCUUCGGACCUUACGAGCUCUUGCGCCUGACGGUGGUUCUGCCGCCAGGCUCGUCCUCAGGGCUAUCGAAGGGCGAGGUGGCUGGGAUUGUGCUGGGCGUGAUGGCGGUGUCGCUGCUGCUGCUGAUCGCUGGGUUGCUGGUGGUGAGUCGCAGGCGGGCGCCGAAAGCAAGGAAGGGGAUGCACCUCAAGCCGACGUUCUCGAGGGUGAAGGCCACAGGGCUCAAGGAAUGGACAUGGUCGGAGAUGGAGCGCUACACGAGCGGAUUCAGCGAUGCGAAUGUGCUUGGCGUCGGGGGAUUCGGGCGAGUGUACCUCGGAGUGCUGCCUGAUGGAUCCAAGGUUGCAAUCAAGCGUGCAGGGAUGGCUGCCGGGUCAGUCGAGCAAUUCGAGACGGAGAUCGAGCUGCUGUCGCGCGUGCACCACCGCAAUCUCGUCGAGCUCAAGGGCUUCUGCAGCGACGAGGUGUCGGGCGACCAUUUCCUCGUGUACGAGUUCAUGGUGAACCGCACGGUCGAGGACCAUCUGCCACCCAACUCCACGGCCAUGUUCGAUUUCCCCACGAGGCUGCGAGUCGCGCUGGGAGCGGCCCGGGGACUCAAUUACCUUCACACCGAGGCCAAUCCCCCGAUCUUCCAUCGUGACAUUAAGCCCAGCAACAUCCUGCUCGAUGCGAAAUUCAACGCCAAGGUGGCGGAUUUUGGAGUGUCGAGGAAUGCCGAGCAGCCGGACGAGGAGGGCGGCGUGGGAGGGGGUGUCGACACUCUCGUGAAAGGCACUCCUGGAUACCUCGACCCGGAGUAUUGCCUCACGCACACUCUGACGGACAAGAGCGAUGUGUACAGCUUCGGGGUGCUGCUGCUGGUGCUGCUGACGGGAAGGCGAGCAAUCUCGCAGGGCCAGAAUAUCGUCCGCGUCGGGGUUUUGGCCAAGGACAAUCUAUGGCUCAUCGUCGACUCGUCCAUCGCAGGGCAGUGCCCCGUGGAGACGGCCGAGGCCUGGGCGAAGCUGGCGCUGCGGUGCUGCGAGCAGGAUCCCACCGACCGCCCCAGCAUGUCCGACGUCGUGCGCGAGCUCGAUGCGAUGAGCAAGGAGUGCAACAUGUUCCGGUCCGAGACCGAUAGCACCACUCAGUCGUCCACGGGCAUGACCAUGAGCUCGACGACGUCCGACACUCCUGACACCAGCACUCAGUCGUGGCCCACGAUUCGCCAUGCCUCGACUCUCGUUUCCAACUCAUCGGGCGUCAAUCUCAUGAGCGACUACGACGGCAAGGAAUCUCCCUCGUGAUGAUGGUGUGAUCGACGGGCUUCCCGUAAUUUCUUUCGUUCGUUCGGUGAACACUCGUUUUCCCUCAUGUGUGAAAUUAGCUACAUCCUGAAGGUUUAGAUCGAGCUUGUUAGAUUCUGUAAAUCAUGGCUAGUUCGAGUGCAGUUCCGCAUGCUUUCGCCUGCCUGCCCUCGGACUGGAACUAGAGUUGUAAAUUAGCAUGCUGUGUAAGUUGAAAUUAUAGAGAUACGACGAAUUGACGAUUCUGUCUCGGUCGUAUUGUGUGCGGGAAGAUAAGGGAAGGGAAGGGAAGAGAAGAGCAUAGCAUAGCAUAAUAGCAGUAGUUGCAGCAGCAGCAGCAGCAGAUGCGACGAGGCUCCAUACGAAAAAUUGGUCGAUGUCGAGGAUUAGUAGGCUAGCACCAUCGGUGGUAUAAUUACACAUUUCCAUUCAGAGCAAGUCGGUUGGAGAUGCUUCGUUGUGAGUUAUAAAUAUGAAAUAUACACACUUGUACAAGCGAGCUGGCGGAGCCACUGUAAUUAGAAGCAGCAGCCUGUGCAGGCGGUCUGUCGGAGCAUUUUAUCUCUUCCAUCGAGCUUUGAACUUGCCAAUCAGCCAGCAAGCUAGCCUGGUGCAGCAGCAGUAGGAGGAGGAGGAGGAGGAGGAGGAGGAGCUGCAGAUCAGGGCCCAUUCAUUCUAUGUGGUAUAAAUAAAGGACUUCGGGAGUAAGAGGGAAGAGUCGAGGAAUCGGGAACGCUUUGAGCUCGUGAGCUAGUAGAUGUAUAUCGUUUUGUCGCACCGGUUGCUCCAUCUUUGGUCCGAUGGCUCUAGAUCGAUAAGUCUUGGUCGUAUAUGCUGACGCUGAAUUCGAAACAUGUAACAAGAGAUGCACGUGCAGGACAAAUCGUCCUCCAUAGAUCACGGUGCGUUCUUCGCUCCAAACAGACUCCUGUAUUGUUCGGUGUACCUGUGCUAUGUGAACUUGCAUUUUCAGCU